AUGUCGUCGCAUGCUUGGGACGGAGCCGAGCUGAGCGCGGCGGAGCAGGCAUUUCUGUCAUACGAGUGGGGAAAGAGCGCAAAAUGGCAAGCUUACCUCGACAGCUUGUAUCCGACUCCGCCGCUGAACAAGAUGAUGAAGUGGAAGAAGAAGUUCUUCAAGACGCACGAGAACCCAAAUUUUGAUCCGGAUUCUCCUGCUCUGGCAGCUGCCCUCGAACAGUCCUCGACACAACAGCCACGCUCUCAAGCUCCACCAUCGGGACCAAGCGGAAAUGUGCCAACGUAUCCUUCCUAUUCUCGUCCGUCUCAAAGUUACUCAUCACCGGCACGAACGUCCUUCCUUCGAUCCAAAGUUCUUCCUCCUCUCUGUGCUAUGGGCCUUGCCGUCGGUGUCGCUCUCUCUUUACUUUCAGUUUUUUCUUCUCAAGACCCCGAACAGCCUACCCGCCCCGGACUCACGGGUUCUGUCCUCCUCUUUGGAUCGUUCGUGCUUCACGUCUACAUCGUUCUGGGAGGCCCGCCGAUCCGCUUUUCAAAUUUCUCGGAGUCGAUCGCUACAGACCUCCCUCCGUACUUCCAACAAGCUCUUCACUUGGAUGCCGUUCACGCACUAUUCUACUUGAUGUUCACGGCGUCUAUGCCUACCUCUCUUCCGGUUAUCCUCUCGCCAGCACUCUCCGCCGUUCUCGUGUUCUUCACUUUGAUGGCAGGCGACGGCAUCCCAGCCAUCGUCAAGACCAACCCUCUUCUCCGCAAGGCCACUAUGAAGGUGCAAUCCAAUAGAAUGCUCUUGAUGCAGCAACGCGCCGACGUGGAAGUGUUCUUUGGCCUCUUUUUCAUUUUGUCGCGGAUUUUGACACUCAACUUCUCCGUCUCCAACAGCGUCAUUCCCAUUUUCCUGUACUUUCACCUCUUCAGAAUUCGAUACUCUACAUGCGGAUUCACGCACACUACGUUCCGGCGAAUUGAUGCCUUCAUUUCGCGGUUCGUGUACAAGCCAGUCUGCCCCCCAUUUGUUGGUUCUCUGUACCGCCGGAUUCAGACACUGUGCAAGGCCCUGGUGGAUCCCCACACUUCACCGCCAGCUGCAGCAUCCCAACAGCGCUGCUUCAUUCAGUGA